UCUCGCAGCGGCUGAAGAGAACUAUGGAAACUAUCCGUCCGUAUAACUUUGAACCUGUUCGAAACGCUAGAGAUAUGUCAGAAAGUGAUUCUGGCGGUAGCGACGACGAUGACCAAACACUUCAUGUCCCUGAUACGCGUACGGAACGACUAGAAAACACCGACUGGUGUACUUGUGGUCUGUGUAUCGUCAUGCCGAGCAUUACAGAAUGCAUCUGCUGCAAGGAAGUCGAUGCUCUGAGCUGGAGACUUCAUGGCGUGAGAUGUGCGACAGCGCAUGACAGUUUUCACACUGUCUGCUUGCACUAUGAAGUUCUACGCACAGCGGUAGGCGUCAUGAACGUCUCUCCAGGCUCCAUUACAGAACCUCUUACGGCCAGGCUUUUGAGACUGGCGGCUUACCGCCAAUUUACUCACUGGGCUCACGAGAUGUUGGGGAGAGGUGUACGAAUAGUCAUACCAUCGUGUGUGGUGUCUGCCGUACGCAGAGCGUUUCCAGAAGAGAGUGGGCACUAUGUUGGCUUUAGAGAUGCUAAUGAUUCUCAGUGAUGUAUUAGCUAACAAAUGAAUAUGUAGUUGACACAAACAACUGGAAACUGGACUAAUACUUCUAAUUGAAUCUAGUACUAGUUCUACGUAUAAUCUCUUCUUUGGGAGGCUGUUCGUGCCCAGCUAUAUUUAUGGGUAAGUCCACUGGUGGAGCUUUAGCUUUGUGGUGCCUUAUGGGAUUGUGCUCCAUUGAUCUUCUCUU